AUGCCGUGCCGUCGUUCGCGAAACAAGACCGAAUGCCACAGUGACUACGUUGUUGGACAUGGUGCUCACUGCGAACCCCGAUCGUGCCAGCCUGAGGCGGAGAAAGAGGAGAUCGCGCAAAGAUAUAAACCUGGACAAUCUGUCUUCCCUACUGUUGCUUCGCCGGAGAAUAGCACUGCUGAGUCGGACAAUGAUGAUCGGAGGUUAAUUGAAGAGGUCCGUGAACUGAGUCUGCGUGAGAGUGGGGCGCGAACAAGGGAGCAUCGAUCGGGACGAUCAUCGAGAACUCGUCGAGGUGAAAGUGCUGAUGGCGAUAGGCGAAGGGAAGAUGGUCGAUCUCGACAGCAACGAGAAGAGGAGCGCGCUACGCGACAUCACUCUCGGACCGCAUUGUCCGAUCCUACAGAACGCACGAGACAGAUAGAACACCAGUCAAGUCUUCGAUCGUUGCUGAGCUUGUCGGAUACCGAAACCAUGCAAGAAGAGAUCCUGCGUCAAAUUCUGGAAGAAGGGUUGUUGGAUGAUAUCGAUAUGGACAAUCUGGGUCCCGCGCAGGAAGAAGAGCUUAGUGAACGCAUUGCCGAUGCUUAUAGACGGAGGCAUCGACUGCGUUCGCGAUCACAACAGAGGAAUGGUACGCAGGAAGAGGCGCAUGCCUCAAAUCGCCCUCGCGCACGAUCGCAAUCAGUGCAGAGAUCCCAUCCUGCUUCUGGUUCUCGAGGUUCACCAGCGCAUCCUCCGGUGUCAAGGCCGUAUUUACUCGAACCUCUCGUACAACGCCCCGGUAGCUCUGGCCAUCAGCGACGUUUAUCUGAUCAAGGUGGCCGUCGAAGAGUAUCGCCUAUUCCUAUUAGCUCUGCUUCAUCCUCGGAGGUCAACCUGAGGCCUGCAGCAAGAUCGUCUAGCGACAUGAUUGCUGACCGCCCUCGGGGCUCCCAGGCUGCCCGGGUCAGAGCGGCUGAUUCAGCUCCACGUACACGUCGAGCGACGGCCUCCGAGCAAUCUAUUCCUAAUAUAUGGGUGGCAGGUAGUAAUGAUCGAGAGCUACGGCGACAAAGGCCAGCCAGACAGUCUAUCGACUCUCCCUCAUCAGUUUCUUCAAUGGUGCGCAGCCCUCGAACUGCUUCUUUCGCGGCACGCUCCGAACAGAACCUUGCAAACUCGCCUACAGCUACUUCUCUCACGCCCGAGAUCAAUAGUCCUGCCAGGCCAGAAGGACGCUCGAGGCCCUCAUCCUCCAGAUCUAACGCUUCUCAAGCGACAGCCUAUUAUAUUGAACCGUCUAUCUCGUGCGAUCGAUGUCGAAGGACAAAUAUCCAGUAUGAACUUCACAAAAAGUGCCGGUUAUGCAAGGAUGGUGACUACCAUAUAUGCCUACGGUGCUACCGGCUUGGGCUUGGCUGUCUAGACUGGCCUGGUUUUGGUGUAUCUGCAAAGGCAGAUCUCGACAGAAUCCAUGCUUCUUCUAAUGGUCUUGCCACGCCUUCACAAGAAUCGCAGCAUAUCCUCUUGUCUCUAAAGUAUAGCCGGCCGUCCGACGCAGCCCGUCGAGCCACACGAGAUGGAAGAGAGGUUACCAAUGAGCACCCUGCCCGGCGAUUGCAAGCCGGGCUCUUCUGCGACAUAUGUCAGUCAUCAGCAGAUACGUGCUUCUGGAAAUGCAACCAGUGCAACGAGGGCGACUGGGGUUUCUGUAACAAAUGUGUCAAUGAAGGAAAGUGCUGUACGCAUGCCCUACUACCAAUAUGCCGUGUUACGCCAGAUAGCCCCUUGACUCCCGCGACACCAGCCGUUCCAGGUGAUAUAGCGAACGGUUCGGCUGCUCCUCUUGCUGGAGCCGAAACACUGAAAGUACUUUCUUUCUCCACAAAUUGUGACAUUUGCGCCAACCAAAUUCCGCCUUCGACUCUUCGUUUCCACUGCCUGCAAUGCAACGAAGGUGAUUAUGAUAUUUGUGCAAACUGCUACCUUAAGCUGGUGGCCACGGCAAAGAUCCGUAAAGAUAAUGGACACAACGGCUGGCGGCGCUGCUUGAAAGGCCAUCGGAUGGUGGUGGUUGGAUUUGAAGAUCAUGAAGAGGGCCAGAAGCGGGUCAUCGUUCGUGACCUGGUGGGCGGUCGUGCUUUGAAAGAUGAACACCUUCAACGUUCCUCCCCUCCGGCUUCUCCCUCCCUAACACGCGGCUCUGUGGCAAGCUCUGGCGUUGUUCCAUCCCCUGAGCUCGGUACUGGCGACUGGAGUUGGAAAGAGGGAGCGGAGCGGCGCAAAAAAGCAUCUCGCAUCCGUCCCCCAUGGUCUAGUACCAUCGGUGACCGUACUAACUCAUACUCUGAACCUUCCACGCCCACUACCCCCACACAGAAUGCAUCAUCUUCACGUCGCUUCCCUCCUGAUGGCGGCGUUGGCCUCGUUGUUCACGCGCUAUGGCCAUGGUAUCCUGAGGAUGGUGUCAAAGACGAGUUGAUGUUUCCACGUGGCGCGGAGAUUACCGAGGCCGAGAAUAUCAAUGAUGAUUGGGUUUUCCGCAACCUCCGUACCCCCAGCAGCCCGGUUACGGUGGCCCCCCUCCUCCAGCACCUCCGGGCCAGCCAGGAUAUCCUCCGCACGGACACCCCCCACCAGGCCCCGGAUACCACACGUCGCCCCCAUCUCACUCCCCCAUAUGGAGCGCCCCCACAACAGUUCCCUCCCCAUGGCGGUGCAGGAUAUCCGCAACCGGGGCCAUAUGGUGGUGGUCCAGUAGGUGGCUACCCAUCGCAACAUCCACAACAGCCCUUCCACAGCCCUCCACCGGCCCAGCCAUCCCCAGGCUACAUCCCCGGCCAAAUUGCCCCAGGUGAUUUUAACCGCGAAGCCGAUGGGCUCCGUAAGGCAAUGAAAGGCUUUGGAACAGAUGAAAAAUCACUCAUUCAGAUACUGUCGAAAGUCGACGCGCCUCAGAUGGCCGCCAUCCGCCAGACCUAUGCCAAUUAUAUUCGUCGCGAUUUGUACAAAGAUGUCAAGUCCGAAACGAGUGGCUACUUCCGCGACGGCUUGCUUGCUGUCAUUGAUGGUCCGCUGAUGCACGACGUGACUUCCGCGCGUGAAGCGGUCAAGGGAAUAGGCACGAAGGAAUGGUUGCUGAACGACGUCCUAGUGAGUCGGUCGAAUGCGGAUCUGAAAGCUAUCAAAGCCGCAUAUGAACGCACAUACAGCCGUUCUCUCGAAAAAGACGUCCAAAGUGAUCUGUCAUUUGAAACACAAAAUCUCUUCGGAAUGAUCCUUCGCGCAGACCGCCAUGAGGAAUCGUUCCCAAUUGACCCACGUACCAUUGAGGAAGAAACAAAAUCCCUGCACUCCGCCACUGCUGCUCGUAUGCGGAACAAUGUUCAGGAAGUUUGCGGUAUCUUCGCCCGGUCGUCGGACAACGAACUCCGCGCCAUUAACCAGGCAUUCAGCGCCCGUUACAAUACCUCGCUAGAGAAGCACAUCGACAAGGAAUUCUCGGGUCAUAUGAAAGACGCUCUGCUUCAGAUGCUGCGUGGCGCAUUGGAUCCAGCCAUGCGGGAUGCCGAGUUAUUGGAAGAAUGCAUGAAAGGCAUGGGCACUAAGGACGUCAAAUUGGUGAGCCGCGUUGUUAGGCUACACUGGAAUAGAGCGCAUAAGGACCAGGUGAAGCGCGCUUACCGCCAUCGUUUUGGAAAGGAUCUGAUUGAGCGAGUUCGUGGCGAGACAAGCAGUGAUUACCAAAGAUUGAUGGUUGCUCUACUGGAGUAG